AUGUCACCGAAUAUAUUUCUCACCGGGGCGACAGGCUACAUCGGCGGCGACACGCUGUUUGCACUCUACAAUAAGCACGCACACUAUGACAUUGCAGCACUUGUAAGAACAGAGGAGAAAGGCAAGGUUGUGAAAGAGGCAUUUCCCAAGGUCCGCAUUGUCCUUGGAGGUCUUGAAGAUGCCGAGAUCCUAGAAGAAGAAGCUGCAAAGGCAGAUGUGGUCAUACAUACCGCAGAUGCGUCAGACCACGAGGGCGCAGCAAAAGCCAUUGCCAAGGGUCUCGCAUCCGGCCAUUCCAAGGAGAAGCCAGGAUUUUGGCUGCAUACAGGCGGUACUGGUAUCUUGUGUUGGGAAACCAUGCGGGACGACAACCGUUUGGGUGAGUGGUCAGAGCGAGAGUACAACGACUGGACGGCUGUGCAAGACUUGACUGGCCUACCCAAAGAUGCUUUUCACAAGAAUGUCGACGACUUGGUGCUUUUAGCUGGCUCUGAAUCGGUUAAGACCGCAAUUUUAUGUCCGCCAACCAUAUACGGACGCGGCCGAGGACCAUUGAACACUAGAAGCAGACAGGCCUACGAGCUUGCGCACCUGAUUCUCACUGGCCAAUACAUCCCCAUCAUUGGUCAAGGUAAAGCGAGAUGGAACAGUGUCCACGUCUCGGAUCUCGCGCAGCUUUUCGUUCUUUUGACCGAAGCCGCCGUCUCUAACAACACCGAUGCAAGAUUGUGGAACGAGCAGGGCUAUUACUUGGUUGAGAAUGGUGAGCAUCUUUGGGCUGAUCUUGCGCGUCUCAUGGGCAAGAAAGCGACCGAGCUAGGGCUCGUCGAGAAAAAGGAAUUGGAGGAACGCGAGCUCGGCAAGGAGAAGGCAAUCGAACAAGCUGGUUUCGAAGCAGUCAGUUGGGGCUUCAACAGUCGUGGCAAGGCAGAGCGCGCGAAGAAGCUCGUGGGCUGGCAACCGCAGGGGGUGAGCAUCGAGGACACGGUCGAAGAAAUCCUCAAGGAUGAAAAGAGUCGCUUGGAGAAGAAGUAG